GGGGCCCGCGGGAGCCGGGCCUUGCCCGCGAGUUUUAUUUCCGUGCCACCAGCUGCCGCCCGGGCCCACAUGGAGGCGGCCAGCGCCGCACGGGAGGCUGUGGCUUCACUGCCCGAAGAUAUGAGACCUGGCCCUGAUCUGUAUGGUUUCCCAUGGGAAAUAGUGAUUUGUGCUGGCGUUGUUGGAGCCUUGACGAUUCUCUUGUUCCUGUACAGAAGUUAUCAAUCAGUUAGAAGUCGACUUUAUGUAGGAAGGGAGAAACAGCUUGCCAAUAAAAUUGCUGAACUAGUUGAAGAAAAAUGCAAAAUUCUUGAAAAACUCAGCCUCUGCAAAAAAGAGUUUGAAGAUUUACAGUUGUCUCUGAAGGAUGGUAACACUCUGAAAGAAUCAACAGACACAUCUUUUUUUGAGGAAAUGCACGAAAAACUGAACAAGUCAAACUUGAAACUCAACGACGAAAUAGAGAAUCUAGAAAAAGAACUGGAAGAAGAAAAAUCUAAGCAGUCAGAAAAUGAUACCUUGGUGGCUGAAAUUCAGGAGAAGGUGGAGUCUUUAGAGAACGAAGAAAAAUCUAUCCAGUCACAAAUUGAUGAGGCCAAGUCCACCCUAAAAGUGUAUCAGAUUAAUACUGAGAGACUCAAGACAUCUGUUCAAGAUGCAGUAGAUGAAAACAGCCAUCUCCAGGAAAGUGAGAAACAGCUUUUGCAGGAAGCAGAAGGAUGGGGUGAACGACUUAGUGAGCUAAAUGAACAAACCAAGAUGUUAGAAUCAUCCAAAACAGAUGUAGAAGAAGUUUUAAAAAAUAAAGAGAGCCAAAUCAAGUCACUGACACAAUACAUACUGAACAUGAAAGACUGGAGUUCAGCAAUACGAGAAGAUGGUGACACUGAAGACAACAACUGGGACACAGAUAUAAAGGGUGAAACAGAGAACGGAGAGCACUUAGAUGAUGAGCAAAAGCGAACUGUAAAGAAAUUGAUCUAUGCUGCAAAGUUAAAUGCUUGUUUAAAGACUAUGGAAGCAGAAAGAGACCAAAUGUAUUCAAAACUGUCUGAUGAAAAUAAAGCUAAAGGAGAACUUACAGAACGCAUAGAAAACCUUCAAAGCCAGCAAGCUUCCUUGCGGUCUGAAAAUGAACAUUUUGAAAGUGAAGUUCAAAAGCUUCAGCAGAAACUUAAAGUAAUGACUGAGCUUUAUCAAGAAAAUGAAAUGAAACUACACAGGAAGUUGACAGUAGAAGAGAGGGAACGUCUACAGAAGGAAGAAAAGCUUUCUAAAGUAGAUGAAAAAAUUAUUCAUGCUGCUGAAGAACUUAACAGCUACAGAGAUCGAGCAAAGGAUCUUGAAGAAGAGCUGGAGAGAACCAUUCGUUCUUACGAGAAUCAGAUUACUUCACAUGAGAAAAAAGCUCAUGAUAAUUGGCUGACAGCCAGAGCAGCUGAAAGAUACCUCAAUGAUAUAAAAAAAGAAAAUGCACAUAGCAGACAAAAAUUAACUGAAGCAGAAUUUAAACUUGAACUUUUAGAAAAAGACCCUUAUGCUCUUGAUAUUCCAAUGAGACCAUUUGGCAGAGAGCAUUCCCCAUAUGGACCCUCACCAAUGGGCCGGCCUUCAUCUGAAACAAGAGCUUUUCUUUCCCCUCCAACUUUAUUGGAGGGUCCUUUAAGGCUUUCACCUAUGCUUCCAGGUGGAGGAGGAGGAAGAGGAUCCAGAGGACCAACUGCCAUGUACGAAGCUGGAAGUGAAAGAGGAGAGCUGAAUUCUGAUAGAUUAACUGAUCCUCACAGGCCACCAUCAGAUACUGGAUCCCUGUCUCCACCUUGGGAAAGAGAACACAGGAUAAUUCUGCCUCCACCAGGUGAACCUUAUGCUGAUCCAGUUCUUCCUGCUCGAAGACAAGAAAGAUUUUUCCCUAAUCCUCCAAAUACUGGAAGGCUUUCUGGACCAGCAGAACUACGAACUUACGGUGUUCAGUCCUUUGAUAAAACAGAUGGACAGACAUCUUCAGAACAUAGCCCACAAACAGAACCAAGUGGAGAUGGGAUGAAGGAUCAUUCUGCCCUUAGCAACUCGCUCCCUGAUCAGUCGCUGGCACCUGAAAGUGAAGCUGUAAGGUCAGGGUUUGCACCCCCACCUUUCCCUGCAGUCAGACCUCCACUGAUGCCUGUGGAUCCUAGAGCACCACCUGUACCUUUCAUGAGACGAGGACCUCCUUUUCCUCCCCCUCCUCCUGCUGGCAUGUAUGGGCCACGGGAAUGCUUUCCAGUACAAGACUUCGGCCCUCCACGCCCUCCGCUGCCAAUAAGAAAUCCAUUUCCAAUGAGACCUUAUCCUCACUAUCCACCUCAACGACCUGGAUUUUUGCCUCCACCACCUCCUCCUGAAAAUAGAGUUGAACCAUCUCAGUCAGAUCCAUCAGCUGUAGAACCAGAACCACAGCAGGAGACUUGACAGUCAUUUGGGGAAUGUCCUGAACAAGUUUUGUGCUUUCCUACUGGCAUUUUUCCUUACGUUAAGUAACCGUUGUUACUUAGGUCUAUACAAACUACUUUGCUCAAAUUGAAGCUUAAGAGGGAAAAUUCUCAGGAUAGUAUUUUGUAAAUAAAGAAUUAAAUACCUAUGGAUAUUGUGUAUAAGUGAUUUUCACUCCACAAUAGUAAUUUUAAAUUAAGUAUUUCUAACUUGAGUAGUCUCUUCAGAGGUGUAUAAAAUUAAACAAUGCGAACCAUAUUGAAAAAGUCCAGCUACUUUGUGCUGGUUGAGCUGUACAGGGAGUCUCUCUGCAUGCCAAAAGUGAUGCUUGCUGCUUUAUUAAUAAGAUGUGAAAACAUGGAAACAGUUAAUAAAAAUCUACAGAAAA